AUGGGCAGCUCGACAUGUGAUAAUUCGUCCGACCUGGGCUGGGUGGUUCAGAAGUUUGGCGGCACGAGUGUCGGAAAAUUCCCAGACAAGAUUGCUCGUGAUAUUGUCAAAGCCAAUCUUUCGCGGAACCGAGUCGUUGUUGUAUGCUCUGCUCGAAGCACAGGCAAGAAGGCCGAGGGCACCACCAGUCGGCUACUUGCUGUCUACACAAAACUCAAGAACAUCGCUACGCCCCUCAGCUCCGAGGAGAAGCAGCAAGAGUUGAUUGAGCAGGCCGCGGGGCUCAUCCAAGAUGUCUGCAAUGAUCACGUCGCCGCCACCCAGACCUUUGUCCAGGAUCCGGAGUUGAGAGAUGCCUUGGUAGCCAAGCUCAAGGCAGAGUGCCAGGAGUUAAUUGAGUACAUCAUGGCCACCAAGAGAUUCAACCUUGAAAUCAACUCAAGAUCAAAGGACCGCGUCAUCAGCUUCGGCGAGAAGCUCAGCUGCUUGUUUAUGACGACAUUGCUACAAGAUUCGGGAGUUGAUGCCGAAUAUGUGGACUUGUCAGACGUUUUGCAUAACGACACCCCUUCUCCAUCCCUGGAUGCCGGCUUUUAUAAGCUGGCGGUAAGCAGAUUUCUCAAGAAACUCACCGCGUGUGAGCACCGGGUCCCGGUCGUCACGGGCUUCUUUGGAAACGUCCCUGGCAGCUUGAUUGAUGGAGAUAUUGGUCGCGGCUACACUGAUCUCUGCGCAGCCCUCUGCGCCGUGGGGUUGAAGGCGGACGAGCUGCAGAUCUGGAAAGAAGUGGACGGCAUCUUCACGGCAGACCCGUCAAAGGUCCCCACGGCUCGAUUGCUACCAUCCAUCACGCCGUCAGAGGCCGCCGAACUGACGUUUUACGGCUCCGAGGUCAUCCACCACCUUACCAUGGACCAGGUCAUCCGGGCCCAUCCGCCCAUCCCCAUUCGCAUCAAGAACGUUAAGAAUCCACGCGGAAACGGCACGGUGGUGAUUCCGGACCCGAUUCUGUCGGCAGCACAGCAGCUGCAUCGAUCACGACCUGGGCAGCGGGCCCUGUUCAAGAACCCCAGGCGCCCAACUGCCGUCACAAUCAAGGAUCAGAUCAGCGUCAUCAACGUCCACUCAAACAAGAGAUCCAUUUCACAUGGCUUCUUCGCCCGCGUGUUUUCCAUCCUCGACAAGCAGUCCAUCUCCGUGGACCUCAUCUCCACGAGCGAGGUGCACGUCUCAAUGGCCAUCCACGCUGACGGGAUUCGAUCGGAGGCGUUUGAGACUGCCAAGCGGGACUUGGCGGAGUGUGGAGAUGUCAGCAUUCUAACAGACAUGGCUAUUCUGAGUCUAGUUGGCGCGGACAUGAAGAACAUGGUUGGCGUUGCUGGGCGCAUGUUUUCGACACUCGGAGAGCACAAUGUCAAUCUCGAGAUGAUCUCUCAAGGGGCGAGUGAGAUCAACAUCUCUUGUGUCAUUGACGCUCGCGAUGCCACGAGAGCCAUGAAUGUUUUGCAUACUCAUUUGUUCACAUUCCUAGAUUAG